AUGGAUGUCGUCACGGCUGCCUCGGGGUACAUCUCCAAGAUGGUCACCGUGGGCGAGUCCGGAGCUUCGUCUAAGAUGAAGAUCUUGCUUCUAGAUAGCGAGACAGUCCCUAUCAUCUCAACCGCCAUCACACAGUCCGCUCUCCUUAAUCACGAGGUCUACCUUAUCGACCGCCUUGACAAUGCCGCGCGCGAGAAGAUGCGACAUCUACGAUGUAUAUGCUUUGUGCGCCCAUCACCGACCUCUAUUCAAUUUCUGAUCGACGAACUCCGCGAACCUAAAUACGGCGAAUAUUACAUCUACCUAAGCAACAUUAUUCGCAAAUCCGCCCUCGAGCGGCUCGCGGAAGCGGACAGCCAUGAGGUUGUUCAAUCGGUACAGGAACAAUUCGCCGAUUUCUUGGUUAUAAACCCAGACCUCUGCUCAUUGGGGCUGGGUUUCCCCUUGCAACGUAUAUGGAGCCAUUCGCCCGACCUCUGGAAUCCAGAUUCACUACAACGAGCCACGGAGGGAGUACUGGCCCUGCUACUCUCACUGAAAAAGAAUCCCCUCAUCAGAUACGAGAAGAACAGUCUAUUGGCCCGAAAACUAGCGACAGAAGUCAGAUACCACAUCACACAGGAGGAGCAGCUGUUUAAUUUCCGCCGGACGGAUACACCACCCAUCCUGCUCGUUCUGGACCGUCGCGAUGAUCCCAUCACCCCACUGUUGACCCAGUGGACAUAUCAGGCCAUGGUGCAUGAAAUGCUUGGCAUCAAUAAUGGCCGGGUUGAUCUACAGGAUGUACCGGAUAUCCGACCGGAGCUGAAGGAGAUCGUCUUGGCUCAAGACCAAGACCCGUUCUUCAAGAAGAACAUGUACCAGAACUUUGGUGAUUUGGGUCAGAAUAUUAAAGAAUAUGUCGAGCAAUAUCAAACCAAAACGCAAAGCACCGCGAACAUCGAGUCCAUCGCGGAUAUGAAACGUUUUGUGGAGGAUUAUCCGGAGUUCCGCAAGCUUGCGGGCAAUGUGAGCAAACAUGUUACCCUGGUGGGCGAACUUAGUCGACGUGUCGGCGAGGACAAUCUCCUCGACGUGAGCGAGCUCGAACAAAGUCUCGCCUGCAGUGAUAACCACUCCAAUGACCUCAAGUCCCUACAACGAAUCAUCGCACUCCCCAGUGUGCCAACAGAUAACAAACUACGCCUGGUAGCACUAUAUGCCCUCCGCUAUGAGAAACAGCCUAACAACGCACUACCCAUUCUCCUCGACCUCCUUGUGACAGCAGGCGAAGUCCCCUCCAUCCGCGUCAACCUCAUUCCCAAGCUUCUCGCCUACCACCACUCUCUCCAAGCCCCACCGGUCGCAGGCGGGUUCUCCGACCUCUUUGAAUCAACCUCCUUCUUCUCCGGCGCACGAGACCGCUUCAAGGGCCUCAAAGGCGUCGAAAAUGUCUACACUCAACAUUCCCCGCGACUGGAAGUGACACUUCAGAAUCUCAUCAAGGGCCGUUUGAAGGAAUUACAAUACCCCUUCUUAGAGGGUAGCGGCCACACGCGUGACAAGCCACAGGAUAUCAUUAUCUUCAUGGUUGGUGGUGUCACCUACGAGGAAGCCAAGAUGGUGGCUCAGGUCAAUGCUAGCUCACCCGGUGUGCGUGUUGUUCUGGGGGGUACCUCGAUUCAUAAUAGCACGACUUUCUUGGAAGAAGUUGAUGAUGCGGUGGGUAGCUGGCCGGAACCAGGACCUACGACGGCCGCGGGACGGCUGCGACGUGAAGUUGGUCGUUAA